AUGAGGUGCCUCGUGGUGCUCCUUGCAGUCUUUACUCUCUCCGAGGUCAAUGCCAUCACCAGGGUUCCUCUGCACAAAGGGAAGUCACUGAGGAGGACCCUGAAGGAGCACGGGCUCCUGGAGGACUUCCUGAGGAAUCACCAUUAGGUGGUCAGCUGGAAGCACUCCAACUCUGGGGUGGUGGCCAGCGAGUCUCUGACCAACUACCUGGAUGCCACUGAGAAGGAAGUUCAGGGCCUCCACAUGAUUCUCCUGCAGGUCUCCAACAUUGUGGACUCCCACCAGACUGUGGGCCUGAGCACCCAGGAACCUGGCGGCAUCUUCACCUACUCUGAGUCUGAUGGGAUCCUGGGGCUGGCCUGUCCCUCUCUUGCCUCUGAGUAAUCAGUGCCCAUGUUUGACAACAUGAUGCAGAGGCACCUGGUGGCCCAAGACCUGUUCUCAGUCUACAUGAGCAGGGAUGACCAGGGGAGGCUGCUCACGCUGGGGGCCAUUGACCCGUCCUACUACACAGGCUCCCUGCACUGGAUACCCGUGACUGUGCGAGAAUACUGGCAGUUCACUGUGGACAGUGUCACCAUCGAUGGCGUGGUGGUGGCCUGUGACGGUGGCUGUCAGGCCAUCCUGGACACCGGCAUCUUCCUGCUGGUGGGGCCGGGCAGUGACCUCCUCAACAUCGAGCAGGCCAUUGGAGCCACCACGGGCCAGUACGAUGAGUUCAACAUGGACUGCAGGCGCCUGAGCAGCAUGUCCACCGUUGUCUUCGAGAUCCACGGCAAGAAGUACCCCCUGCCACCCUCCGCCUACAACAGCCAGGACCAGGACUUCUGGACCAAUGGUUUCCAGGGUGACUAUAGUUCCCAGCAGUGGAUCCUGGGGGAUGUCUUCAUCCAGGAGUAUUACAGCAUCUUUGACAGGGCCAAUAACUGUGUGGGGCUGGCGAAGGCUGUCUGAUUGCAUCACUGGCCACGGACCUCAAUGUGACCAAACACACACACGCACAUAGAUGAGAUGUGCAGGCAGAUGGUUCCCAAUAAACACCACAUUUCUCCAAAGCCUGACUUCCCUUGUUGUCACCAGGGCUGAAACCCUGCGCCAUUGUGGGGGUGGAUGUGACUGCCAGGUGGUGUGUGGGCACAGCAGAAACUACGUAGUGGGAAGGGUUGGUGGAUGGAGACUACCUCAAGGGCAAUGACUAUUUCAAGCUCAGGUCAGGGAAGACCAAGGCGUGCCUUACCUACCUGUCCUUCACUCUAGAGCUUUCUGGGCAAAGGGCACAAGAGGGGAGACCCUCGCACGAUAAGACUCGUUUGUUCCUGGGGAAUGAGAGGUAGGGGCAUGGUGGUGUGGGGAUGUAUAGAGAACACUUGGCCCCUGGAGAGGAAGUGUCUAGCUGUAUUAAGAGAGGGGCCUCAGUGCUGUUGGAAGAAGCCAGAUGAAAGAGUGAGCAGGGAGCAUGGGGAAAGAUCUGAGUCCUAGGCUGCCAUCCACCCUGGGGGAGAGCCACAGUCCAGACUCAGGCUCAGGGGCUCAGGCCCUGGCAGUGGUCAGAGCAGUGCCAUUGCCGAUGAAGUUCGUGUUAACCUGGCUUUCAGAG